AUGCUAUCCUUUAUUAAUCAACCCUUUGAAAGGUUUGCUAGCGUUGCAGCCACACUACGAUCAUAUCGCCGACAGCCUCAAGACUUCUCCUUGAUUGCCUCACUCGGUCACGGGGCGUUUGGUCGUGUCCAACUGGUUCGCGAGAUUACCACCGGACGAGUAUGUGCGAUGAAAGUGCUCAAAAAAUCUCGCAUGCUCACACAACACACAGAUUAUUGGGCCGAACGUGAGAUCAUGGCUCGCGGAGAGAGUCCGUGGAUUGUCCAGCUGUAUUAUGCAUUCCAGGAUGUCACCUCGUUGUAUAUGGUCAUGGAAUAUGUACCCGGAGGAACUCUAGUCGGUUGGAUGGAAGAUGUGGAAGUGAUCUCAGAAGCCGCGUGUCGAUUCUACGCGGCGGAAACCGUUCUGGCUUUGACCGAUCUGCAUGCG